UAUGCUAUGACAGUCAGCUGCUCUAGUUGCAUGGCCGUUGCUGACUUUUUCGCGGUGCCAGGCCCCCGUAUUUAAGGAGACCGAGCAGUCAUGAAGCUCGACCGUGGACUCUGGACGCCAUGGUGCGCACACCAUCGCUUUAUGCGGCCCUGCUCGGCUGUCUGUUCAGCCUGCCCUCGACUCUCGUCGCUGGUUGGAGUACAUAUGCCGACACAGACGUGGUCAUCGUCUCAAAUAAUGAUCUCGACCCGUCUAACGCAAACCGCGCGAGUGCAUUGUACUUGAAGAGUGCGUUCAGCUGCGAGGAAGCGUCCCUGGCUUGCGAUCAGUUUCAGGAGAGUCUUCUACCCGCGCCGAACACGACGGCUGGUCUUACGGCGCAGAACUUGUCCGUUGUGCUCACGUCUGAACGGCAUGGUGCCGCUCUAGACAGAACGCAGCAGAUCUGGAUUGCCGGUGAAGCUCCAAACAGCUGCGCGGCGUUCACGCCAAGCUACCAAUAUUCCGAUGCCGGAUAUCAACCUGACCCAAACAUCGACUUCAGCACCGAGCUCCCUGUCCUUUGCACGAAUUCCGCUCCUCUGACGCGCUCGAAUGUCACUUCCUAUGACACCACUCGCCAGAUCCAGCUCUCCACGCCCUCUGCUGGCGUCCUGACUGGCUACCGUGACAAGUUCACGUUCCGUUUCCUUGGGAUCAAAUACGCGGAGUCGACCAACGGAAGCGCCAGGUUCCAGCCACCCACUGCGUUGACAGUUGAAGCUGAUACCGAACGGUCCGCGCUCGAGUAUGGGACCAUGUGCCCUCAGCCACCCGAUGCGGACAACGGACAUCUACUAUAUACGAACGAAGACUGUCUCUAUCUCAAUGUCUUCUCGCCUGUCGUCGACUCUGCGAUGAACUCGAUUCAGACUGCGCCUAAGCUCCCAGUAAUGUUCUUCAUACAUGGCGGCGGUCUCAACACAGGCGACAGCGGACCGUUUCCCUUCAAUAUGACCACGAGCGGCUUCGUUGGGAAUUCCAUCUCCAAUAUCUAUGACGGUACCAACCUCGUGUCGUACGCGGGAGUUGUCCUGGUCACGAUCAACUAUCGCCUUACCGCGUUCGGUUGGUUCAACGCCUCUAAUGCCGCCUUGAAGGAUGCGCUUCUCGCGUUGCAGUGGGUUCAGGACAACAUCGAGUCGUUUGGUGGGGAUCCAACGAAGGUACUCAUCUAUGGCGAGUCCGCCGGCGGCAUCAUGACGAGAUACUUGCUCGGCACAAACCCCGCCUACACAGAAGGCCUGUUCAGUGCUGCUGUCCUUGAGUCAGACUUCGGGACGAGCGACCCUUUCCUCUCGAUACCACUCGCCCAAAACAUGUCACUCAGGCUUGCGCAGUACCUCGGAUGCGCUUCGAAUUCAUCUACAUUCAACGACACCGUGGCUGAAUGCGUGCAGGAGCUUCCUGCCGGUGACAUAGCGAUGGCAUCUUACAACCUUGGCAUCUCCUGGAGUAUCGCCGUGGACGGUGAUUACGUCCUCACCGACAUCGCAUCCAGUAUCGAGGACGGUGUGUACGCGCGCGUGCCGACCAUCUGGGCGAGCAACGAAUGCGAGUACUGCUACUUCCUGCCGAGUUCGAUCGCGCCGAACGCGAACGCCUCCAUCUUCCCGGAGUACCUUUCGAUCGCGUUCAACACAACUGGCGCACAGGCCAUCUUGAACGCGACGGACCUCUGGCCGUACGAGACCGCACCAGCAGAGGACGGGAUCUCAGGGGCGGUGCUGACACUCGCGCAACUCAUCACCGACUUCGCCGUGCACUGCCCGAUGGUGUACCUCGCGUCCCUCGAGACAAACACCACCAACCCGGGCAACUCGUUCAAGGUCGUGUUCGCCACUGGUCUGGGCUCGCCGCUCACGCCAAACCCCGAGACAUGCGUCGGGCAGGUCUGCCACGCAGACGAGCUCUACUGGGUGUUCGCUACGGCCGAGACAGACAACCUGUAUCAGCCUCUGACCCCAGGCCAGGUCGCGACCACUCGCGAGGUGAUCAACCGUUGGACGUCUCUUGUCUGGACCGGGAAUCCAAACUACGAAGGCGCCGUGGUGGAGUGGGCGCCAUAUACGGGAGACAACGAGAUCGUCAUCAAUGCGACAGCCACAGAGACCAUCGAGCCUUACAGAGCAGCCCAGUGUGCCUUCCUUGAGAGCCAGAUUGGGUUGGUUUUUGGAGACCCGUAGGACGGCUGGCCCACAUCCUAGCUGCCAAGCCAAAUUUCCUGUACAGUACGUGCUCACUCAGAUUCAGUCCGGUGUGCAUAUAUCAUCGAAAAUAUGGUCAGAGCUGAGCGUCCUGUCAGGACGCACAGCCUAGACCUGACGAAUAAAUUAAACGUGCAAGUAACUUCGCGCAUUAGGGAGAUGCUACAAUACUGGUCUACGGCUACAGUCAUUCGAAAUACUUGCCGC